AUGUCGACGAGCGAUACACCUCAGCCCGUGAAACUAUCAUUACCGUUGGAGUACCAGCAAGAGCUAUUCCAAGAGGUCCGUGCCGAUGAUGAGCUGGUGGUCCUUGCCCGUGGCCUGGGCUUGAUGCGCCUCGUCACCAAUCUCCUGCACUCCUAUGAUGCGGCCGGCAACAACCUGAUCGUUGUUGUUGGCGCCGAGGAGCGUGAGAAUGGCUGGAUUGGCGAGGCGCUGGCGGAACAUGCUGCCAUCAGCAUGUCGCCCAAAGCUCGGGGCUUGACGCUUGUCAACACCGAAUCCCAGAGUGUAGGCGCAAGGGAGAAGAUGUACGCUCGCGGUGGCGUAUUCAGCGUCACCUCGCGUAUCCUGGUUGUUGAUUUGCUCACGGGCCUGCUCAACCCGGAAACCAUCACUGGCCUCGUCGUUCUCCACGCCGACAAGGUAGUAGCUACGUCCCUGGAAGCCUUCAUCUUGCGGGUUUAUCGCCAGAAGAACAAGGCUGGGUUCCUGAAGGCCUUUUCAGAUAAUCCCGACCCCUUCACCAUAGGCUUUUCCCCCCUCUCCACCAUGCUACGGAACCUCUUCCUCAAAAAGGCCUCCCUCUGGCCGAGAUUUCAUGUGACGGUUGCCCAUGCUCUAGAAGGGAAGAAAAAAGCCGAGGUGAUAGAGCUCGAGGUUCCCAUGACUGACAUGAUGAAAGAAAUACAAAACGCCAUCAUGGAAUGCGUGGAAAUUAGCAUUCAUGAGUUGAAGAAGGGGAAUUCCGGACUGGAAAUGGACGACUGGAACCUUGACAGUGCCCUGCUGAAAAACUUUGAUCUGAUCAUCAGGCGGCAGUUAGAUCCCAAUUGGCACCGAGUGAGCUGGAAGACUCGUCAGAUUGUCAAUGACCUUUCCGUCCUUCGGACUCUGCUCAAUUCUGUCUUGACCUUUGACGCAGUUUCGUUCCUCCAAAACCUCGAUACCAUCCACGCUGCACAUUCCCCGGCACCCGGGUCUACAAGGCAAACACAGUCGCCUUGGCUGUUCCUGGAUGCCACUCAGACCUUGUUCGAGACUGCACGCAGAAGGGUCUACUCGGCGAACCCCAAAAACAUCAGCAAGGAGGAAAACAUUGACUCUUUACAUCCCGUACUUGAGGAGCUUCCCAAAUGGGCGCUUUUAUCCGAAGUGCUUGAGGAAAUUGACCGUGAUCUGUAUUUUGAGCCUCAAAUCAAAGAUGACUCUAACGGGACCAUUUUGAUUAUGUGCGCAAGCCAGGACACAUGCCGGCAACUCCGGGACUAUCUUCAGACCAUGCACGUGAAAACCAGAGCAGAAGGCAGCAAACCGGCGAGGGAGACCAGAGACCAUGGAGAGGAAGGCGAAGAGAAAGAGGAAGAGGAAGACAAAGCUUCUGCAUCCUUCAUGAUGCGGAGGCGGCUACGGAAUUAUUUGAACUGGAAGAAACAGUUUGCGCAGGUCAACGCAACACUGUUUGCCGAUAAUCAAAAAGUCCUAAACUCUGCAACGGCCACCAGAGGGGGCAGGGCGCCGCCCAACAAGAGAAGGCGUGUUCGGGGUGGUGGGAAUAUAGGUGCAAACGCGGGCCGUGCAGACAAUGGCAGCAUCAUCCAAUUUUUUGAGAAGCCCGGCGAGGUCGCUGACCUCAUGGCUGAGGUGCGGCUGACGGAGGAAGAGGCCCAGCAAAAACCCGAGAUCAUCGCUGACCCCAUGGACAACAUGGACGAGUUCUACGAGAUGUUUGAGAUGCAGGACCUAGUUGCCAUUCACGCGUAUGAUGGGGAUCUGGAUGAGCAUGUCCUCGAGGAGGUUAAGCCACGGUACAUCAUCAUGUACGAGCCUGACGCCUCGUUUAUCAGAAGAGUGGAGGUGUAUCGUUCGUCUCACAACGACCGGAAUGUGAGAGUCUAUUUCAUGUACUACGGCGGCUCUGUGGAGGAGCAAAGAUACCUGUCAUCUGUGCGUCGUGAGAAGGAUGCAUUCACAAAGCUGAUCAAGGAGCGGGCCAGCAUGUCCUUGGUCAUGACUGUCGACCCCAGUGGGGAGGAUGACCAAGAGGCAUUCCUACGGACGGUGAACACGAGGAUCGCGGGAGGCGGCAGGCUAGCAGCGACUGCUGAGCCUCCUCGCGUGGUGGUUGAUGUGAGAGAGUUCAGGUCUUCCCUGCCGUCCCUUCUGCACGGGAGGUCAAUGGUGAUCGUCCCGUGCAUGCUGACGGUUGGCGAUUACAUUUUGACACCGCACAUAUGCGUGGAACGUAAAUCGAUCAGCGAUCUCAUCUCUUCCUUCAAAGACGGCCGCUUGUACACUCAAGCCGAGGCCAUGUUCCAGCAUUACCGGGAUCCCAUGCUUCUCAUUGAGUUUGACCAGAACAAAUCUUUUACACUAGAACCAUUUGCAGACCUUUCGGGAAACCUAAGCAGUCUAGCCCCUGGAAACAUCGCGUCCGAUCUCCAGUCCAAGCUGGUACUGCUGACGCUCGCAUUCCCAAGGCUGCGUGUCAUAUGGUCCUCGUCACCGUACCAGACAGCAGAAAUCUUCGAGUCUCUGAAGCAACAGGAAAAGGAGCCCGACCCGAUUGCAGCGGUGCAGGCCGGUCUUGAUCAGGAUUCAAGGCUUGAAGAUCAGAUAAUCAACCAGGAGCCGCAAGACAUGCUCUCCAAGGUGCCAGGAAUCACGCCAAAGAAUAUCAACGCUCUUGUUUGGGAGACAGAGAAUCUCAAGGAAAUAGCUAAUAUGGAUGAAAAGGAGUUGAAGCCGAUAGUAGGUCCCGCAGUUGCUCGGCAGGUGCACGGGUUCUUCAACCGCAAUGUAAUGGAAGAGGAUGAUUAG